GCCCUCGGGGGCCGGGGCGGGGCGAGGGCAGCGGUCCCGGGGCCCGGGGCCCCUCAGGCCGGGCGGUGCCCGGCACACGGCCGGCGGCAUGGCGGCGCUGCGGUGGGGGGGCGGUCGCCGGCUCGGCAGCGUUGCCUUUAGGCAGCAGAAGUGGAAAAGCACUGUCUCUGUACAAGCAAAAAUGCCUCCUUGCAACUUUGUACCUGAAAAAUACCAAUCUUAUCCAUACGAACGUAUGUUGAAGAUUCGUGAGCAAAACGUUUCUCCUUCACUGCGAACAUUUUACAAGAAGCCUUUGUUGCUGCAUCAAGGAUACAUGCAGUGGUUGUUUGAUUAUGAAGGACGAAGAUACCUUGAUCUCUUUGCUGGAAUCGUUACCGUCAGUGUUGGUCACUGUCACCCGAAGGUAACUAUGGCUACCCAGAAACAGCUUGCUCGCCUUUGGCAUACCACUAAUAUUUACAUGCACCCAUCAAUCCAGGAAUAUGCUGAGAAGCUAACUUCACUUAUUCCAGAUCCACUUAAGGUGGUUUAUCUAACCAACAGUGGGUCAGAAGCCAAUGACUUGGCGAUGUUCAUGGCAAGGCUAUAUACUCGUAACUUCGACAUCAUCUCUUUCAGAGGAGCAUACCAUGGAGGCAGCCCUUACACACUGGGAUUGACAUCUAUUGGUCCUUAUAAGCAUGGCGUUGCCAAUGGCUUUGGCUGUUCAACAACAAUGUUGCCAGAUGUUUUUCGUGGUCCGUGGGGAGGCAGCAAUUGUAGAGAUUCUCCAGUACAAACUGUUCGAAAAUGCAGCUGUUCUGAAGGUGUAUGUCAUGCAAAUGAGCAGUACAUUGAACAGUUCAAAGAUACUCUGAACACUUGUGUGCCAAAGACAAUAGCUGGAUUUAUCAGUGAACCAAUUCAGGGUGUUAAUGGAGCUGUUCAAUAUCCAAAAGGUUUCUUAAAGGAAGCGUACCGGCUAGUACGGGAAAGAGGAGGUGUUUGUAUUUCAGAUGAAGUACAGACAGGAUUUGGACGAACAGGCAGCCAUUUCUGGGGAUUUCAAACGCAUGAUGUAGUCCCUGACAUUGUUACUUUGGCAAAAGGAAUUGGUAAUGGCUUUCCCAUGGCAGCUGUUGUUACAACAAAAGAGAUUGCAAAUUCUUUGGCUCAAAACCUUCACUUUAAUACAUUUGGAGGAAACCCUUUAGCCUGCGUAGUUGGAGCUGCAGUUCUUGAUGCUAUUGAAGAAGAUCAUCUACAAAAAAACAGCGAGGACGUGGGAACAUAUAUGCUACUGGAGCUUGCUAAACUACGGGAUAAAUUUGAGAUUGUUGGAGAUGUCCGUGGCAAGGGACUUAUGAUUGGGAUAGAAAUGGUGACAGAUAAGGACAGUCGCCACCCUCUUCCAGCUGAAGAAAUCUGUGACAUCUGGGAAGACUGUAAAGAUAUGGGUGUUCUGAUUGGAAGAGGAGGACUCUACAAUCAGACAUUUAGAAUUAAACCUCCUAUGUGCAUCACUAAAAAGGAUGCUGACUUCGCUGUUGAAGUAAUUCAUACUGCAUUAGAGAGACACAUGGAAAGAGCAGCUGCAAAGUAGACUGGAACUGUUUAUUAUGUACAUGAGAUGCAGUUGAAUGAACCCGUGAUACCUGCCAUCCAAGCUCUGCGCUAAUCUACACUGGACAAGAAGAAUCAUAGUCUGAAGAUAAAAUGUGUCAGCGUCAUAAGACUACUCUCACAGAGCCAGACUUCAGAGAAUGUUCUCUAAUCUAUUUUGUAAAAAUACUGUUCAGUCCUACAGUUGUCUUUAACAGUGCAACAGGUGACACU